AUGUCGUCUAAAAAACAUAUUAUGUUAUCCUAUCAAUGGGAUAAUCAAAAACUUGUAGCAGAGGUUUAUCGUCGUCUUAAUGAAAAAAAGAUUCCGCUAUGGAUGGAUAUACAAGGUGGAAUGAAAGGUCAUUUAAGUGAAAGUAUGGCAGCAGGAGUAGAAAAUGCAGUAGCUAUAUGUUGUUUUUUAACACCAAAAUAUCAAGAUAGUGUUGCAUGUAAAGAUGAAUUAACUUAUGCAAAAGAACAAGGUGUAUGUAUUAUUCCAAUACGUUUAAUACCAAGUUGGAAACCAACAGGUUGGUUAGGUUUUACUAUAACAGGACAUAAAUGGAUUGAUUUUCGUGAUAUUGAUACAAAUAUGGAUUUAAGAAUUCAACAGUUAAUUAAUGAAAUUCGACUGUUAGUUGGAAAUAAACUCGAUUGUUUUAAAGAUAUGGAACCAUUGGAUUUUAUGCAUAAUGAAGACGAAAAAGAAGAUAAUGAAGAACAUUCUUCUACCAUAAUUGAAGAACAAGAGUUUGAUUCAACUUCAUAUUAUCGUUUAACAACACAAUGGCAAGGCAAUAAUAAAUCUCUUGAUGUUGUCAAUGAUGGUAAAAAUAAUAAUCAACUUAUACUUGCGACAACUGGUAAUUAUAGUGGACAAUAUUGGAAAAUUACUCCAACUGAUAAUGGAUUUUAUCGUUUAACUACACAAUGGCAAGGUGACAAGAAAUCUCUUGAUGUUGUUAAUGAUGGUAAAAAUAAUAAUCAACUUAUACUUGCUACAACCGGUAAUUAUAGUGGACAAUCUUGGAAGAUUACU